AUGGCCCCCACAAAGCGAAAGCGUGACGAAGAACAAAAAGACGUCGAGAUGGAGUCUGCAUCAUCCGCUUCAGAGGCAGAAACAAACAGCGACGAGGGAGAAUUGGUGCUCGCGAGUGAAGACGACGACGACGACGAAAACGAGUUUAUUCAACAAUCUAUCGCAAAGAGAAACAUCAAAGACGGUGCAGAGCUUUUGAAAAAGACGUCGACAGUCAAAGGCAAAGGCAAGGCAAAAAAUGAACUCGGAGGAGGCAGCUUUCAGAGCAUGGGGCUACAUCCGUCGUUAUUACGCGCUCUCACAUUGCGAGGCUACCGAACACCAACACCUAUCCAACGCUCGUCCAUCCCAACAUUGCUCUCAAAUCCUCCUCGUGAUUUAGUUGGAAUGGCGCGUACCGGUUCAGGCAAGACCCUAGCAUACAUGAUCCCACUUCUACAGCGACUCGGAGGUCGACAUAGCGGUGUCUAUGGCGCUCGUGCGCUGAUACUGGUUCCUAGCAGGGAACUCGCCGUUCAGGUACUCAAAGUGGGACGAGAACUUAGUCGAGGAUGGCGCGAAGCCGGCGACCAGGAGCACGCGGGCGAACGUGACGAAUCUGGUCCCUCUACAAGUGCCAAUGCGCUGCGUUGGGCCCUGGUAGUUGGUGGAGAAGGAUUGGAUGAACAAUUUGAAACCAUGGCGAACAAUCCCGAUGUGAUAAUCGCCACUCCAGGACGUCUUCUCCACCUCUUGGUUGAAAUGUCACUCAAUCUCAGCACGAUACAAUACCUCGUCUUUGACGAGGCUGAUCGGCUCUUUGAGCUCGGUUUCUCCACCCACUUGACAAGCAUCCUCGAGAAACUGCCCUCCUCACGACAGACUCUACUCUUUUCUGCCACCCUUCCCAAAUCUCUCGUCGAGUUUGCUAAAGCCGGUCUUCGAGAGCCAAAGCUCGUUCGACUGGACAGCGAGACGAAGAUUAGUGCCGACCUGCGAAUGGCUUUUUGGAGCGUAAGGGAAGGUGAAAAGGACGCAGCUCUUCUCUGUCUCCUACGAGAAGUCAUUGGAGUGCCCCUGAAAAAGGAUCUCGAGCAAAGAGGAGCCGAAAGGGACAAGUCCACAGGGAAAAGGGCCAAAAACUCGACGGCAGGUGCAGGAGCCGCCAUCCUCGCACCUCACCAAACCAUUGUGUUCGUGAGCACACAGCAUCACGUCGCAUACAUCUCCGCCCUCCUCACUCUAGCCGGUUACGCGGUGUCCAGCAUCCACGGUACGCUCACCCAAGCGGCGCGUACAUCUGCCCUCGGCCAGUUCCUCGACCAUAAAACGUCUGUGCUUGUCACGACAGAUGUUGCUGCACGAGGAAUCGAUAUUCCAAUCUUGGAGAAUGUCGUCAAUUAUGACUUUCCCGUCGGCAAUCGAGUCUUUGUGCACCGUGUCGGACGAACGGCGAGGAUGGGUCGAAAAGGCUGGGCCUGGAGCUUUGUCGCACGCGACGAGGUUCCUUAUGUCCUCGAUCUUCAACUUUUCCUAGGUCGGCCGUUGGUCGACAAGGUGUCUUCUCUUACCGAAUCUGCCUUUGUGGAUUCGCUUGUUCUUGGACCGUUUCCGCGUGAUGCGCUGGACCAGGAAAUGGAGUAUAUCCGUGGGUUGGACGACACCAACUACGAACUGACCACGAUGCGAGGCGUCAUGCAGCGUGGUACGAAGAUGUAUAAUCGGACAAAGGGGAAAGCAUCCCCUGUCAGCUACUCGCGGGCAAAGGAGUUUAUCUCCAAUGGCAAAUGGGGAUUCGUCAACAGCGACGCCGUACAUCCGGCAUGGAAAUUGCGGUCUAUACGAGAGAGGGGAACGCCAGAGCAAAAGUCUGGGUCAACAUUGGUCGAACCAACCAAGACGCGCGAAUCGCUAUUAGAAAGCCUCGCUCGCUUCAAGCCCUCGGAGACAGUAUUCGAGAUUGGAACUAGAGGCAAGACUGCUGGUGCGCUCCUUAUGAAAGAGAGACGACGAGCAUUAUCGAAAGCUGCAAGUCGUGUGCCACUGCCGUUGGUCAAUAGUCACCAAGCCGCGGCUGAAUCUAGUGGGGACGAAGGUGAGGGCGUCCAAGAUGUUGAGAUGGCGGACGAGAGGGAUAUAGAGAGUGCUUUUGGUCCGAGCACGACGAUGUCAAAAAGCAAAGCAUCCAAGCGAACGUCGUUCAAAGACGAAGAUUUUUACAUGUCACAUUACCAAAAGGAUGCAGACACGGAGCGUGGUUAUUCGCUACGCGACGGCGCAUCGUUUGCAGAGCAGGCUGCCCAGGCCACCUUUGAUCUGACGACAGACGUCGGUGCUCAAGAAGCUGCGAGGCGGCAAUCUCAACUCAAGUGGGACAGGAAGAAGAAGAAAUUUGUCAAAGGUGAUGGUGCGGGUGCGGAUAACGUCAAGAUGAUCAAAACCGAAGGGGGCACCAAGCUUCCUGUCACGUACAAAAGCGGCCGAUACGACGAGUGGAUCAAAGGAAAGGGGAGAGGUCGCGAGAUACGUAUCGGGGAGACGGAGAACCCUAGUGCUACUCGCUCGUCGAUGGGGGGAAAGCGCUGGAAGCAUUCCAAAGUAUCGGAUGCGAAGCCACUCGACAAGUUGGCUAUCAAUUAUGAGCGAAAGAUGCGCGUUAUGAAGAAACAGGCGCAAACCUCUGAUGCUCAAGAUAGAGGGGAUGCAAAGGGCAAAGCAAAAGGCAAGCCCGGCAAGGGCCAGUUGGGAGGGAGGUGGAAGGGCAAGAGUUCCCAAAAGGUCAAAAAUGAGCUCAAAACGGUGGACCAAAUCCGAAAGCAGCGAAAUCUGAUACAGAGACGCAAGGAGAAGAAUGCGCGAGCGUCUCGCAAGGGCAAGGGCAAACGAUGA